UUCCGAAAUAACAUUUUCAAAAAUUAAUGGGAAUAUUAGCAAAAUGUUCUUACAACAUAUUUUUGUUAGGUGGGAACAUAGUGUACAAGAAUUUUAUGGUCUAUGGAUUUUUUUGUCAGUUUCAGCAAGCAAAGUUUCACCAGAUAACAAAGGUUUUAUUUAUAUUACUGAAAGAGCUUUUGUUCAUAACUUUGAGAAAACCUUAACAGAACAUUACCUUAAGUUAGAGAGUGUUCUCUGAGAAUGUUCCCUGUUAGCUGGGUUAGAGCAACACGAGGGUGAGUGAAUGAUUUUUGGGUGAACUAUCCCUUAAACCAAGGCUGUUCUGUCAGUUAGGCACAAGUUAGCAUGGACAGAUCUCUAAACGAAAAAGAAAGAGACACUAAACGAAUCGUCAUGGCUGGCUUUUUCCCCCCUGUAGCGGCCGAGCCUGACUUGUCUGGGCUAGUUGUUUCAAACAUUACCUCAGACACAGUGUCUCUCUCCUGGCGGACGGGAGAGAAGGCCUUUGAUAAUUUUAUAGUCGAGGUGAGAGAGUCUGCUUUGCCCACGCAGGCGACGGGGCGCACCUUGCCUGGAGGUGUUCGCUCCACGGUGCUGACCGGCCUCAGAGGAGACACGCAGUAUCAGAUCAAGCUGUACGCCACCUUUGGUGGCUCAAACACAGCUGCCCUGAUGACUGUAGUGACCACAGGUACAGCAGCGCAUGCUUUUGACUCGUGGAAACAGAAUUGGUCAGAUUUGCUUCCUAACCAUGUGUUUGCACAAAAUUAGCCUGUUAUCUGUUAGUCUCAUGAAGUAACCAGUGUUUAAUGUUAUUAAUUCGUUAUUUAUAAUAUUUA